UACAUUUACCGUAUAUGCGGUAGUAAGAAACUACACAUUGUGUGCAAUUCGAUUCUUUGACAUAUGUAGACGAAAACGCGGUGAUCAGUCCCGAUCGUCCCGAUCUUUCGCGUUCCUAUCGUCGUUGAUAUGUAAUGCAUGCGGUGUUGAGUGUCCGAAUAUGAUUUGAUUUGCUUUUUUAUAACAAGUGCGGGAACGUAUAGGACAUUGUAACUAUUAAUGGAACAACUGUAGACUUAGUGCCGAUGAAGAAGUUCUUUGUGCCCUGCUAGAUACAUUACAGUCAAUGUGUCCAGAGAUAGAAAUGAAUGUAGAAGUGUGAUAAGUAAUGAAAAAACAGAACGUACGCGUACAAUACAACUGAAGCUUUCACAUACAAAAUAGAGUCAGGUUCUCGACAAACAGCUCAUUCAUGGUGAUUGCAAUAGGAUUUGAAGGCAGUGCCAACAAACUUGGUGUUGGUAUUGUGCGUGAUGGAGUCGUCUUGUCCAAUUGCAGACAGACAUAUAUCACUCCACCUGGUGAAGGUUUCUUGCCAAGGGAGACAGCCCAGCAUCACCGAUCUGUUAUACUUGCUGUGCUGUCACAGGCAUUGCAGGAAGCAGCUGUCAUGCCUGAACAAAUUGAUAUAGUUUGUUACACCAAGGGUCCUGGCAUGGCAUCACCACUCCAGACUGUUGCAGUAGUGGCAAGAACUAUUGCUCAGCUUUGGAACAAGCCAAUAAUUGGUGUGAAUCACUGCAUUGGGCACAUCGAAAUGGGGAGAUUAAUAACAGGAAGUGACAACCCAACAGUGCUGUAUGUCAGUGGUGGUAACACACAGGUGAUAGCUUACUCCAGAAACAGAUACAGGAUCUUUGGUGAAACUAUUGACAUAGCCAUAGGCAACUGCCUUGACAGGUUUGCAAGGGUGCUAAAAUUGUCCAAUGAUCCCAGCCCAGGAUACAACAUUGAAAAGCUGGCAAAAGAAGGUAAGAAAUUAUUACCCUUGCCAUAUGUGGUGAAAGGAAUGGACGUAUCCUUCUCUGGAAUUCUCUCAUAUAUUCAGAAACAAAGUCAUCAACUUUUGAAUAGCGGGAAGUACUCUCCAGAAGACCUAUGUUUCUCUCUCCAAGAAACAUUGUUUGCAAUGUUGGUGGAAAUCACAGAGCGAGCCAUGGCUCACUGUGGGUCACAGGAAGUUCUCAUAGUUGGUGGCGUUGGUUGCAAUAUGCGUCUGCAGGAAAUGAUGGGGGCCAUGUGUGAUGAGAGAGGAGCAAAGUUGUUUGCUACAGAUGAGAGAUUCUGCAUUGACAAUGGGGUGAUGAUUGCACAGGCUGGCUUGGAGAUGUUCAAGUCUGGCAAUGUGACCAAGUGGCAUGAUACAACUGUUACACAGAGGUACCGCACAGAUGCUGUGGAGGUUACCUGGAGAUGAUAAAUCAAUCUUUACAUGCUGUUAAACAUUUGUAUUAAUCUAUGACAUUAAAACAUGUUUCAGACAUAA